GUCCUCAGGUCUCCAAUAUAACUAUAUAUUCCCUUCACAAUAAAUUGUCUUCCCAAUUUCUGUUCACUCGUCCUUGACACCUCUAAAGUCCCAACCUUUUUCCCAUUUCUGUUAUCAGUUCUUGACUGGUUUUGUGUCCGUUUCAGUUACAAGUUAGAACCCAAAAAUAAGCAGGAAUAGUGCAAAUAUGGGUCGUUUAUGGACGUUGCUUACUCAUGUUCAUGCACUUUCUGGGCCAGUGUUGAUGUUGCUAUACCCCUUAUAUGCAUCUGUGAUGGCCAUAGAAAGCCCCUCCAAAUUGGAUGAUGAGCAGUGGCUUGCUUAUUGGAUCAUCUAUUCUUUUCUUACUCUCACAGAGAUGAUCCUCCAAUCCAUCCUAGAAUGGAUCCCUAUCUGGUACACCGUGAAGUUAGUGUUGGUGGCAUGGCUAGUUCUACCACAGUUCAGAGGGGCAGCUUUCAUAUACGACAAAUUCGUAAGGGAAAAUGUGAAGAGAUAUACAGGAGCGAGAGAUCAGCACCAUUCCCAUCACAGUUUCCCCAACGGCAGUGGCAAGGGCAAAAAAAAAUUUGUUCGAUUCAUAACCACAAAGAAAGGAGAGCAUGAACCUUACCGAUGAGGAAGAAGGCAAAGUGAAGACGUUUUCUUUUUUGGUGUGGAUAUGAUAAAUGUAGUUGGGCUCGUUUCUUUUCUUCGUUGAUUGUAUAUCUUUUUAAUGAUGAAUUAAUGUACAAUUAUCUCUGCUACUAUCAA